AUGAAUAAUCAUGACAAAUUAUCAUGUGUUAUCACGGGUAAUAAAAUACGUAAUUAUAACUGGGCGUGGGUGAGUGACAUUCGAAAAAAACCAUCAAAACUAUCAAAGAGAAAAAUGUCAAGCUACAAGAAUUUCAUAGUAAUUGUACUCAUCGCUGUCGUAUUCAUAGCAGUAGAAGCGAUGAAUCAAUCCAAUACAAGUGCAGAAAGUAAAAUGAAUGUGGGCAAUGAUGCAUCACUUGUUCGUCGUGUCUAUUACUGCGAUGGUACGGAUCAAAAAAAUCAAGCCAAAUGCAGAACUUGGUGUCGGAUACAUGACUUUGCUUCAGGUGCUUGUAUUCCUUAUCACAGCAAAAUACGAUGUUUUUGCAGAAAUUAA